ACUUACCCCAGGUUGUUUCCUGAUGAAAGCAUGUGCAAAGCAAAUACAUUUUACUCCAGUUUUUUAAACUGAUUAAACAGGCGGUGGACAAAGAGACACUUACAAUAAAUAUGGUUAAAGAACAGUUUAGGGAAUCUGAUGUUGCCAAAAAGAUAAGUCAUGUCACUUUUGGCAUGAUGAGCGCGCAGCAGAUGCAGAAGGCCGCCCAUCUCCAGGUGAUAAGCAAGAAUCUGUACAGUCAAGAUGGUUCCAGGAAACCCAUUAUCCAUGGUGUUCUUGACCACCGGAUGGGUACGAGUGAGAAGGAUAACAACUGUGAGACGUGUGGUAAAAAUCUGGCCGACUGCACUGGCCACUUUGGCUUCAUCGACUUGGAGGUACCGGUCUUCCAUAUUGGUCACUUCAGAACAACCAUCACUGUUCUGCAGAUGAUUUGUAAGAUGUGUAGUCACUUGCUGCUCCACGACACUGACAGACGAGUUUUCACCGAGAUCCUGCGUCGUCCUGGAAUAACAUACCUGCAGAGGAAAGCACUACGCAAGAAGAUCUACGAGAAAGCCAGGAAGGUCCCCAUGUGCCCAGCUUGUGGAGCUUACAAUGGAAUGGUCAAGAAGUGCGGUAUGUUGAAGAUUAUUCACGACAAAUACAAACAGAACCGUCGGGGUGGAGAAUCAGUGUAUCAGGAUUUUGUUUCCACAUUUGGCAAUGCCACUGAGCACAAUAAAGAACUCGACGGUUUGCUUACAAAAACACAGGAAAUCUUGAAUCCACUAACAGUAAAAAAUCUGUUCGAGAGAAUCAGUGAUGAGGACAUUCCUCUGCUGUUGAUGACUCCGGAUGUGGGUCGUCCUGAAGAUCUGCUCUUAACAAGAAUCAUGGUUCCUCCAAUCUGUAUUCGGCCCUCUGUCGUGUCCGAUCUCAAAUCAGGAACUAAUGAAGAUGACAUAACAAUGAAGCUGACAGAGAUUAUCUUUCUCAAUGACGUCAUUCAGAAACACAGAGCCACCGGUGCCAAGAUGCAGAUGAUCAUGGAAGACUGGGAUUUUCUCCAGUUACAGGUUGCGCUGUUAUACAACAGUGAAACAUCUGGCAUUCCUCUCCAUAUGCAGCCCAAAAAAGCAAUGCGAGGGUUUGUUCAAAGACUGAAAGGCAAACAGGGACGUUUCCGUGGUAAUCUGUCAGGCAAAAGGGUAGACUACUCUAGUCGGACUGUGAUUUCACCUGAUCCCAACAUGAGGAUUGACCAGGUUGCCGUCCCUUUGCAUGUGGCUAAAAUAUUGACCUAUCCUGAACGUGUGAAUAAGUCGAACAUCAGGCUGAUGAAACAGCUGAUUCUCAACGGAUGUGAUGUGCACCCUGGAGCCAACUUCAUUCAGCAGCGCAAUAACAACAUAAAAAGGUUUCUGAAGUAUGGCAAUCGUCAGAAGACGGCCAGUUCUCUCAAGUUUGGUGAUAUUGUGGAGCGUCAUCUAAUGGAUGGUGAUGUCAUUCUGUUCAACAGACAACCAUCUUUACACAAACUCAGUAUUCAGGCUUUCCAUGCAAAAGUUAUGCCGAACCGAACAUUUAGAUUCAACGAGUGCUGUUGUGGUCCGUUCAAUGCUGAUUUUGAUGGCGACGAGAUGAAUCUACAUCUUCCACAAACAGAGGAAGCCAAAGCGGAAGCCAUGGUGCUGAUGGGAUCGACGUCAAACAUUGUCACACCAAGGAAUGGGGAACCACUAAUUGCAGCCAUCCAAGAUUUUAUUACAGGUGCCUACUUGAUUACCCAGAAAGAUGUUUUCUUUGACCGCAGUAGAGCGUGUCAGUUGGCUGCUGCCAUUUUGACAGACAGGGAUGCAAACAUACGUAUUGAUCUGCCUCCCCCUGUCAUCUGGAAGCCAUGUAAACUGUGGACCGGCAAGCAGAUCUUCAGUUUGAUUCUCCGUCCCAAAUCCAGUCCCGUGCAAGCCAACCUGCGAACCAAGGGCAAGAACUACACCAGUGGCGAGGACUUGUGUGUCAAUGACUCAUUCGUUGUGAUUCGAAACAGUGACCUGUUGUGUGGUGCCAUGGACAAAGCCACGCUGGGGUCAGGGUCAAAGAACAACAUCUUCUACAUCCUCCUGAGGGAUUUCGGCAAGGAAUUUGCAGCUUCAGCUCUCGCACGAUUGGCCAAACUAUGUCCAGCAUAUCUCUCUCACCGUGGAUUUUCUAUUGGCAUUGGUGAUGUAACUCCUGGAGAAGGACUCAUCAGAGCCAAGAACAAGCUGUUGAGUGAUGGUUACUCGAACUGUGAUAAUUACAUCAAGAAUCUGGAAGAGGGCAAACUGCAGGCUCAGCCUGGAUGUACAGAGGAGGAAACGCUGGAGGCCAUGAUUUUGAAGGAGUUGUCUGUUAUCCGGGACCAUGCUGGCAAGGCUUGUCUUCAGGAGCUACACAAAACAAACAGUCCACUUAAUAUGGCCAUUUGUGGGUCCAAAGGCUCUUUCAUCAACAUUUCUCAGAUGAUAGCAUGUGUUGGGCAGCAGGCGAUCAGUGGACACAGAGUCCCCAACGGCUUUGAGGAUCGAGCCUUGCCCCACUUUGAAAGACAUGCCAAAAACCCAGCUGCUCGAGGGUUUGUCUCCAACAGUUUCUACAGCGGCCUCACGCCGACCGAGUUCUUCUUCCACACGAUGGCGGGGAGAGAGGGUCUCGUUGACACCGCUGUCAAAACGGCAGAAACAGGAUACAUGCAGAGAAGACUGGUCAAGUCAUUGGAAGACUUGUGUCUGCAGUAUGACCUGUCGGUGAGGUCAUCCACGGGGGAAGUUGUUCAGUUUAUCUAUGGUGGUGACAGCCUCGACCCCGCUGCUAUGGAGGGAAAUGAGAAACCAAUGGAAUUCAAGCGAGUCUUGGAUCACACUCGGGCCAUGUCCUGUGUGAGGUGUCGGAGGGAGAAGUCAUUGUCAGAAACUCAGCUUGUAGAACUGGUUGACCUUAUACUGGACGAAGAAAAGUGGCAGAAUGCAAGCAAUGACUUCAGAAAUGAAAUGAGAGGCUUUGUAGCUUCAUAUGGUGCUAAAAUCACAAAGGAAAGGAGAAGGUUCCAGACAGAUUUGAAUGUCCCUCUACCAGAAGUUGUAAGUCAGGUGGAGCGGAUCACCAAGCCACAGGUGGAACUGUUUCUAGACUGCUGUCUCGACAAGUACAUGAGAGCUCUUAUUGAACCAGGUACAGCAGUAGGAGCUGUCUGUGCCCAGUCUAUCGGCGAGCCCGGAACCCAGAUGACCCUAAAAACUUUCCACUUUGCUGGUGUCGCAUCCAUGAACAUUACACUUGGAGUUCCGCGAAUCAAAGAGAUCAUUAACGCAUCCAAGUCGAUCAGCACACCGAUCAUCACCGCACAGCUUGAGGUGGAUAAUGACCCAGAGUUCGCCAGGGUUGUCAAGGGACGCAUAGAGAAAACUACCCUGGGAGAGGUGGCUGAGUACAUUGAAGAGGUGUUUUUACCAGAUGCUUGUUUUGUCCUCAUCAAGCUGGAUAUGGACCGAAUCAAACUUCUCAAGUUGGAAGUUUCUGUCGACAGCAUCCGGAAUUCCAUCUGUCAGUCCAAACUGAGAGUCAGGUUUUCAGAUGUCGACAUACAUAGUGAUGAUGUCCUCUCGGUUGCACCACAUGAAACAUCAAAGAGUUCGAUGUACUAUGUUCUACAACAUCUGAAAGGUCACCUGGCUAACGUCAUGAUCAAGGGAAUUCUGUCAGUGACCCGUGCAGUGAUGCACAUAGAUGAGAAGAAAGGAAACACGUACAAGUUGUUGGUGGAGGGUGACAAUCUGCAGGCUGUUAUAGCCACACAAGGAGUGAAGGGUUCGCACACGACGUCGAACAACACGUGUGAGAUGAUGAAGACGCUGGGUAUUGAGGCAGCCCGCGUGACCAUCAUGAAUGAAAUCAUCUACACCAUGGUCAACCACGGGAUGAGCAUCGACAUACGACACGUCAUGCUGUUGGCCGAUCUCAUGACGUACAAGGGUGAGGUUCUGGGAAUCACUCGGUUUGGUUUGGCAAAGAUGAAGGACAGUGUACUGAUGUUAGCCUCGUUUGAGAAGACAGCUGACCAUCUGUUUGAUGCCGCAUACUAUGGGCAAAGAGACUCCAUCAAUGGUGUCAGUGAGUGUAUUAUCAUGGGAAUCCCAAUGAGUAUCGGAACUGGAUUGUUUAAGCUACUCUACAAAGCUGAGAAGAGACCGGAGUUGGACAGACGACCACUGCUGUUUGACAGCGCAGAGAACCACCAUCUGCCCGAGACAGGACUCUCCUAGCAGACAGGAUACAUGGACAGCUUAUUUAUUAUCUCGGACAUCAAUCCGUGGCAAUAAAAUCUUUUUUUUCU